AUGGCUUUUAAAAUUGAUAUCCAUAAUCAUAUUUUACCGGAAAGAUGGCCAGAUCUAAAGGAGGUAAGAGCACAGUGUAAGAUGAACUACUGACCCCGAUGUUGGCUUCAUGCAUGCAUUGUUUACGUGUGUCCGAACAAAAAGAUUAUUUUAAACGGUCAGUGGCCGUAUUUGUACUAGAAGACGUCUUAGACGUUCAGACGCAUUAAACGUCUGACUGUUAAGUGCGUCCCGUUUUUAUACUAGACGUCUUAAACGUCUGAGACGACUAAUUCAUCUGUUAAGUGCGUCGAUCGGACGUACUUUAAGUUAAUAACUUAAGACGUUUUAUUCGUCACACGUUUAAUUUCCGUAUUUAUACUAGACGUCUAAGUCGUCUAAGACGUCUUAGACGUCCUCUAGUAUAAAUAUGGCUAAUUAACAUCUAGUUUCUUACAUCGUAAGUAAUUGUCAACGAGCAAGCCGAGCGGAGACGGUCGGCUUGCGACGCGAAGUAUUGCAGCAGGCAGAAAAAUUAUUGAUCGUGCUGUAAAAAGUGUAAUGUAAGUGUAAUGUAAGGUGUAGAUUCCCUGGAUAUUUUAGUAGCGUUAGAUUUCACGUGUAGUUUCACGUGACUUUUGAUGACCUUUGUUGUAAACAAACCUACUGUACUUGUACGGACUACAACUCGCUAUUUCAAAUUCGCGCCCCGGGAGGGGGGCACUUGGGUAUUUUUUGGGUGGGUAUGUGCCACCCGGGUCUCCAAAUUGGCACCCCGUUCUAAAAAAAACGUCCCCUAAAAUUGAUAGCCCGUUCUAGAAAUGGGCCAAUUUUUUAUACCCCGUUCUAGAAUUCGCCCUAAAACUGAUACCCCAUUCUAGAAAUGGGCCAAUUUUUUAUACUCCAUUCUAGAAAGUUUGUAAAUUGACAUAGCCCUGUUUUUGCAAAGAUAUUUCUUUAUUUGUUCAACUUAUACAUCAAAUAAAUGCUUCUUCAUAAUCAGCGACAAUUUUAAGCAGAAGAUAAAACUGUGAUCCAUAAUCUUUUAUACCUCAUUCUAGAAAACGCCUCUGAAAUGGAUACCCCGUUCUAAAUCAGGAGCUUCAAAAUCACGACCCUGUUGGGUGGCACAUACCCGUAUAGGUAAAUGUAUGGGAGUACCCCCCUCCCCCCUGGGGUUCGGGCUAACCUAUAAAUGUUAUUUCCCUUUCGCUGUAUGAAACGCAACAAGUUUAAGGUUCAAAAAUGUCUAAUUUGCAGAAGAAUAAGAUUUUAAGGCCAAGAGCAUGGCAGAAAUGUAGGAACGAGGAGUGCUUGUAGUGGAAAUUCUCGCCUCAGCAGCUGAAAUGGUUUUAUAAACAUUGGGACUAAAACUGGUGAUGUAGGCAAAUUCUUUUUCUUUCGUUAGCACUUAGCGAAAGCUAUGUACAACUAGUAUUAUAUAGUCCUUUCUCUGUAAUUGCAGCUGCUAAUUUUCUCUUCUACCAGCCAGUGUUCUAUAAUUUUAUUAUUUGUGCAGUUGUAUAACUUUUUGAAAAACUUUUUAAAAGAAAAAAUAAAUUUCUAGAAGUUGUUUUUAAGCUUGUUACAAUAUUGCAGUGAAAGGUACCCAAAAUUCAUUUCAUAGAAAGAAGGUGGAAUAUGAUCAUCCGGGAGAGACCGAUGACAUGUUGGAGGCCUUAUAGUCGUAAUGCAUCAGUAAAUUCCACCUGCCCAUGCCCCCAACUAGAAUCAUCCAUGUUCAGUUGUAUUUGGAGAGAAAACCACAUGCAUGUCAAAAGCUUGGGGGUUCCUGCGGGGUUGGCAAAUGCCCAACUCCCCGGGCCGCGCUAAAUUUGCUAAUGCCCCACCCCUGGGACUGACAAGACGAGCAAAAUACCCGGCAGUUGCGCAUUAACCCUGAUAAGGGAGGGGGGGAUGGGCGUACAUGUAACGGGAAUUGACUGAUGCAUAACUGACAGACAGCCAAUAAAAUGGCGACUUAAUAGACCAACCAGAGUUCAAUGCCAUCAAUUGGCACAAAACAACUCACUUUGACUCUGAAGAUGACUACUCCACUGCUUGUUGAAAUGUUAGUCACUGUCGACAACAGUGCUCUUCAGGAAUACACUCACCUUGAUGAUCAUUUUUAUUAUUCCACCUCAUUAUUUACAAUGCUAUUUGCUUGUUUGUUGGUUGACACACUUAGUGCCCACAGCCACAAAAUACUUGAUGUACUCACACUUAUUUCCCUGUAAAGCAUAGAGAGAAUUCCUGUCAAUUUUGAGGGGUUUUUAAUACAUCCAGUCUAUUCAGCACUUAUGUCCUUCUUACCAGUGUUUUCUAGUGAUGUUCAUCACGACAGAGCAAGAGAAAAAUUUUCUUAUCCACUUGUCCUUCGGACAAGCACUACAUUAAAAUAAUGUAGGUGUCCGAAACCCAAGUGUUCUCGUCCAAAACGUUUUGCUUGAAACUCAAAACAAUUGGGCAUUUAAUGUUUUUAGUAACACACAUUUUUAGCUUUGUAAAUUGUUUUUGACUUAAACCUUAAUAUAAUGUCAAGCACAAUUUGAAUUUUGAGCCUGGGAAUGAGUUAUGUCAUAACAGGCCUGGUUACUAUGGCCAGGUUCCUUAUAUUUAGCCAAUUGGAGCUCAUAAAACAAAUGAAAUGGCCGCAGAAUGGCAAAGUUAUAAGGAAUACUUAACCUUAUUUUGUCAAGUAUGAGGCUUGCUUUUAUGAGUAUAAGAUGUAUUUUAGUUCUACUGUAAUUUGAUGUUUCUGUAUUUUUUCUGAUUAAAAAUGUACAAAGUUUGUCCUACAGACAAGUCAUGUCAGAGGUUUACAUGUCUGAAGUAAAUUUCUACCUGUCGCGGACAAUCAGACAUAGAUUUUGGCUCACCCUGUCACAAGAUAAUGGAAAUGAUAGCAAAGCCACAAAAUUGUGCUUGACAGUUUCAGUUUACAUGUAAAUAAUAAUAGUGACAAGUGCCUUCAUGUGCAUAUAAUGCUAAAAGGAGUUUUUUUAUUUGCAGCGAUAUGGUUAUGGAGGUUGGAUACAACUUCAUCAUCACUGUAAAGUAAGCAUUUAAACUUAAAAGUUUAAAAUGAUGGCUUGGUGCACGCUACUGGUGUACACAAGUGUAGCUCAGUGCCUAUGCAUGAUUCACGCUCAAGAAAAGGCACGGUUUUUGUGCCAGAGCGUGGGAAAAAAUAAACAUGUAAAGGUAUGCAGUUUAGGCACUGUUAAGGCAUGUUUUAAAUAUUGUUAAGGCACAUUUUAGAUACAGUUUGAGCAUAUUUUAGGCAGUGUCAAAGGACUGUUGGGCAAAAAGCAUAAAUCUAGCCACAAUUACUGGGAGGAAAUGACUCAGACAUUUGCUGUUUUUAAACCAUUUGCCUCAUAAGCGGGUUUUUUGUAGAUAUUUUUACAAUCUGGUUAUCUUUCUUUGUAUUUUAGGGCAAAGCUAAGAUGAUGAAAGAUGGAAAGCUUUUUCGUGAAAUAGAUGAGAACUGCUGGUCUCCGGAAGCACGAAUCAAAGACAUGGAUGUGACAGGUCUGUGUACAUGUAUGUUAUGGUAAAUUGUUAUUCCUGGGGUUUAACUUUUACUUCCCUUUGUUUUAUGCUCAAAUAUGUGAAUACAAUUCAUAGAAACCAGGGAUAACAUUAAUUUUGAGCCAUAAUGUGUGUUUAUAAUGUGAGUGUGGUAACAUUAUUUUUCAUUGAUGUUGCGAAAAGCUGGCUUUUAGCUACACUGUAAUUUCACCGGCUGAAAAAGAGCUUAGCACCAGCUUGCAAAACAACGACAUUUAGUAACUCUAAAGGUACUGUUGAGUUAAAAAGCUGGCUUAACUAAUAAAAAAGCUUGCUCAGCUUUUUCUUAGCUUCAACCAUGAAUGUUAUUACAAUGCAUCUGUUAAAAUGCUAUGGUGUGAUUGUGCGCAAUUAAUUGUUUUCUAACACAUGCAUAAACAUUUAGUGGUGACAGUAAUGCUCAAAGACAGGUUAAGUGACCUUGUGUGCAAGUAAGUUAGGACCAUUUCCAUGUGUUUGUGCAUUAUUUUAUCAUUGGUCAUUAGGCAAUUUGACCAUAAUCCAGUCUCACCUUUCAAAAUUAUAUCUAGUGACAGCUUGCAAAGUGGAGCACAUGUAUAAUUAUGUACAUGCAACACAUGUACACGGAGAAGAGUGCCCAACACUUCACAAUUCGCCAUUACCCAGGCACUUUGUGUUUGAUUGUACCUCAGCAUUAAUGUGACUGCAGCCUUGUUUAGAUUGAUUACUGACUAGGGAGUUUAAAAUCUUUCCACUUUCAGGUGUUACUGUUCAAGUGGUCUCUACUGUUCCAGUGAUGUUUAGCUACUGGGUAUGCAUGUGGAAAGAGCUUUGUUUUGAAAUUUGUCAUGCAAUACAUGUAGAUCUAUAGAUAGAUGGAAUAACGGACAUGAUUCCUAUGAGGAAUCGAUUGAUCUAUAUCAAAAGCUUCAUCUUUUUACGGCAACAGAGUUAAAUUUGAGAUAGGGAGUAUAAAUUAUAGAUAUUGCUUGUGGUUUGUGGAUAAAAACGAACUUAAAACUGAGAAUUAACAUAGCCAGUGAAUUCGGCGUGUUAGCGAACUCGAACAGAUAGCUUUUCUAUGUUUAUACUUGUCAAAGGUUGCCCAUCACGUUACCCGUCUUCCAUAUCCGCUUCGACAGAAAAAUAAUUCCAAGGGAUGCCAUAAUACGGAUGACCAAGCUGUUCAAAUGGCCUGUUGUCUUUAACGAAUGGGUGAUGAAGUCGUCCGAACAUUAAUUUUGAAUGCAUUCUUGGCUAUACUAGUCUUAACCUAUGGAGGAUCAAAUUAUGCUUUGCAUUUCUUGUACAUUCAUGUUUUGAUUGAAAUAAUUAGACAUUGUUAAUGUCCCUCUGAUGUAAUAUAUGGUGCAAGAUUGAUAAGGGCCUUAAAAAAAUACCUUUACUCUGUAAGUACAGUAUUCCAUUCUUGAGCCUGGUUCUCAUAUGCCACCGAUGCAUCUGCGACAUAGCCGCAGGUACUUCCUGGGAUACUGCUCCAAUAUGAGAACAGAAGUGGCCAGCAACAUUGGUCAUCCUAGCCUUUACUGCCGGCAUGCCUGCUUAGUUGACUCCAGUUCAACUUCGCAAGCAUUCCAGCGGUAAAAUACUGCUAUGACUCCAGUUGCCAGUGGCGCAUGUUUUCAUUCGUGCUAGAAGUAGCCCACGGCCAGGUGGUACUGGAGGCAUAUAUACGUCAGCGGCAUAUGAGAACCAGGCUUUACAGUGUCUUAGCUUUUAGGGCUCUCACCAAUGUUGAUAUUCAAGGCUGUAAAAGUCUCAUAAAUGCGUCAUUUUGUUUCAUGUUAUCAAGGCUAAGCCUGAAGAUACACUGGAUUUGUGCUGCAUACUGAAUGAUGAUCUUGCUAAAAUUGUGAAGAAGUAUCCUAAGAGAUUUGUUGGACUUGGAACACUUCCGAUGCAGGUUUGAUUUGGAAUUUAGUUACCAGUUGCCAUGCGUUAUCUAAAUCUUUACAGUCAUUCAUUGAUUGACACCCACUCUGUAAAAGUGCUCCUCACUUCCUUAAGUUGUUAAUUUGUGUGCGCACGUGCAUGUAAGAAUCUGGUUUAAAAAGAUCAAAAAGCUUGUUAUGUUGUUCCAAAUGCCCAAAGAAACAGGAUGUGAUUUUUUUCUGUUUGUUUUAUUAUUAUUAUUAUUUAAAUUAUUAUUUUUAGUUUUAAUAAAGUAAUCCCAUUAGCUUACUUUUAAAUAUAUAUACUUAAAACUUGUUUGAAGUCUGGACAACUUACAUCAUGCUGUAUAAUUAAUAAUAAUAAUAUUAUAAUAAUAACAAAAUAACAAAAUAAAAAUAUAUAAUUAUUAUAUAUUAAUUUUUUAUUUUGUAAGCAGUCAAUAGUGGGAAAUAUAAUUAAUUUUAAUCUUGUUUUACAGGCACCAGAACUUGCAGUUCAAGAACUGACGAGAUGUGUAAAGGUGAUUGUUAUUUAGAACUUAUGAAGGCUGAGCCCUAAGGAAAAUUUAUUGGCAGCCCAGAAGCUAUGAUCAUUGUUGAAAUCCAGGCUGCCAGCACUGAGUUUGUGGGAAAUCUAGAGGCUGCUGGGUUACCCAGAUUGCUAGAGACUUUUCAUGUGUGGUUGACAUGCAGCUUUAUCACUUGUUCGACCUUUAGCCAAAAAUGUGUCAACCUGGCGAACACUUUAGCAUCCUGCUGCAUGCAUUAGAAAAAAUCCUCUGGCAGUGCACCCAGGGUAGGUUGGACUAGUCCAGCCUAAACGCAAUCAUUGUGAAUCGAGACAGUUCUGCCAGAUCGGUCUAUUCCAAAGUAAACUGUACAUUUGGGCAGGGCGGGGAUUGUUUUUUUUUUUUUUUAAAAAAACGUUGAAACAAACCGACUUGUGUUUCACUAUCAAUUUGACCACAAUUCAGCUGGCCAGUUUUGGCAUUUGGUAAUUAAGUGCCUUAUAUAGCACAGUAAAGAAAUGCAAGUUAAAGUGGUUUGGGCAUGUGUCAAGAUCAUCAGGGCUUGCCAAGACAAUUUUACAAGGAACAGUGCAAGGAGGGAGAAGAAGGGGCCGACCAAAGAAGCGUUGGGAGAAUAAUCUCUGAGUGGACAGGGUUGAAGUUUUGCAAUGCCACAAGAGAAGCUGAAAACAAAAUCAAAUGGGGGGAGAGGUUUGCUAUAUCCGUGGCACCCCAACGGUCAUUGACUAUGGGAUAGGUGCAGGUGCAGGUGCAGAUAGCAUAAUGCUUUGUCUCGACACCAGAAGUGAAAAUUUAGUUAAUUGCUAGGGACAACUGGGUACUGCCAGAGUUCAGCUUUACUGAAUGUCUACUACAAUGUUUUCUCUAGCAUAGUUUUGAUUUUCGAAGUAUCAGGUUACUUUUGAUAAAUUUAUUUUUGAUAUUAAUAAUAUUAAUUGUUGCUUAUUUUAUUAAUAAUAAUUAUUAUUGAUAACAAUUAUUACAUUUAUGUUAUUAAUAUCGUUUUAAUGUCUCUAAUAAAAUUAUGACAGGAACUUGGUUUCCCAGGUGUUGAAAUUGGUAGCCAUAUUAACAACUGGAAUCUUGAUGCUCCAGAACUAGAUCCUGUGUUUGCUGUAAGUAAUUUUUAUUAUCAGUGCAUUCUGUCUCAUCAAAAUGUUAGUAAUGUCUGCAUUUAGUGUCAGAGCCACCAUAUACCUUCGUAUAAAUCAUACAUGUAUGGUCUUAUUUCACUUGCUCAUGUGUACUGCGUAGCACAUGUAGGUCUAAACAAGGCCCAAGGAGAUGACAUCAGAGUCCAUGGCAGUGUGCCACAUCUGUAAAUCAUUAUGUAGCAGGUUAAUUUCCUUUAAUUUCAUAUACAUUGGCUCACACUUUCCUCAAAGAAAAGUGAGAAUAAUCUCGGUUUAAAAACUUUAACUUGAAAUCAAAUGUGACCUGUAACAUAACCUGCACUCAGCCCACCUAUUCUCCCCAACAUCCUGAGUAUGCUUCUACAUUGCAUUUUUCAUCCAAAAAUUGACCAAUUUAUUAUAUAAACAAAGAUGUUGUCUAUUACAUGUAGGCUGCUGAGGAAUUAGGCUGUGCUAUCUUUGUUCAUCCGUGGGAUAUGGAGUUAGGAGGAAGAAUGUCCAAGUACUGGUUGCCUUGGCUUGUUGGUAAGUAAAUAUGUUGUACCAGAAGCAUAUAACUCUGUUGCAAUGCUGGAGUUUUUUAGGGGAACCGUUCAAAAUUUACUUCCUAAGGUACAUCUUGAAGUGGAUGGCUUGUUCAGUGGAAGAUUUUGUCUGAGUGAAACCCAAUUUUACGGAAUCUUCAACACAAUUUAAAAUUUUGAAGGAGUCUUUUUAUAUCCUUUCUAAUACCUGUAAAACGAGUCACUGAUGGAGAGAAGGCGGGUAAAAUAAGCACACCGCCGGCAUCAGGUUUGUCAUUCUAAUGAGCACUAUUACCGACGUAAAGGGCCGUUACCUUGACCUUUGACCUCUCAAAAAAUGAUGUAUAUUAUGCAUGUUAGUAUCAGGGUUUCAGGGGUAAACUUGACCUUGUUACUUUUGCAGGGAUGCCUGCUGAAACUGCACAGGCGAUCUGUUGCAUGAUCUUUGGUGGUGUUCUGGAACGAUAUCCAAGACUCAAAGUGUGUUUUGCUCAUGGAGGUAAACAUGAGCAGACCAUGUUUUGCCUUAUCACAUGCUCGUGCAUGUACAUAACAUUGUAACUCUUGUUACGGGCCUGUUUAUAUAGAGGUAAGAGAACCCAGAUAGGUGACAUAACAUGUGGCGGGUCACCCCACCUAUCAUGUAAAGACGAUCUUAAUUAUGUGGACAGGCCGGGUACCCCGCCUAUUAAAGAGGGUUACCUCACUUAACUGGAGUCCUCCACCUCCAUGUAAACAGGCCCUUAGUCUGCGUAGCCGGCGGGAUCAUUCACGCAACGUGCGGAGAAUGCGAAGGAGACACAUUUUUUGCGGCUAAGCCGCGAGAAUGGUAGCCUCCCACGCAGGCGUUUUUAGGGGAACUCGUUUUUCAUCCCUGCCCACAAACGCCUGCUCAACUGAAAACAACAUUGUUUUCGGUUGAGCAGGCGCUUGUGGGGAGGGACGAAAAACGAGCUCCCCUAAAAACGCCUGCGUGGGAGGCUACGAGAAUGGCGGCUUCGCGCCGCCAAAACUUGCACGCACGCAAAAAAAAUAGACUUUUUAGCUUGUUUGUUUUGUUUUCCUAUUUCAGACAACAUAAUGAUGCCCCAGAGAACUUUUUCUUUCAAGUGUUGUUUUAUGCACGUGAAUCCACGUGCAUAUGUAUGCUUGGAGAACAUCACGUGGUCUGAAUUAGGAAAACAAAGCAUGCAAGCUAAAAAGGUCUAUUCCGCCAGCUACGCAGGCAAAACUCUUGUAGGACACUUGAAGAAUAUCUUCUAUACAAAGUUAGCUUUUUUUCACUUCAAAUAUGUAUAUAUAUUUAAAAAAUUUUUUUUUCUUUCUUUUUUAAAUGUUUUCUUGCAGGAGGAGCAUUUCCAUUUACUAUCGGUCGUAUUGAACAUGGCUUUAAUGUCAGACCUGAUCUCUGUGCUGUUGAGAAUCCAAUAAAUCCAAGGUCAGUUCACUUGUAAUACUCCUACAUCGUAACUUUCCAUCCUUUGUUAAUCAAUGACUUGUGGCUGGACUUGAACACUCGCCAAGUGAUUGCAAGACAUGGGAAUAGUCAGACAUAAUAUUUAUCCUUUGUUGUCUCCGUUCAUGUUCAACCUUUAUUGCAACUCGACCAAUACCUAGCUAAUUCUGGCUAAUUCUAUCUAUUACGUAAGGGCUUUUUAUUGUAAAUAGCUAUGUCACGUAAUUUUUAGGCUUUAUACUGUAAAUAAGUUGUUGGAUUUCCCUUUCCUUCUCUAUUAUUUUGUUAAAUUGAUUUUUGUUAGAUUUAUUCUUUAUAAUCUCACAAAAUGUAUCAUUCGUUAUAAUAUUGUAUGUUUCAGAAAGUACAUUGGUCAAAUUUAUACAGAUAGUCUCGUUCAUGAUGAAAAAGCUCUUAAAUUACUGGUUGACACCAUUGGUCAGGUAACGAGUACAGUGACUUUUGGUUAUGAUCUAUUUAAAACACUGUGAAAUGCAUGCUAGCAAAAAAAAAAAAAUAAACCUUCAAGCUCUCAAUUUUCUCGUUGCAGCAAUCGUGGGCUCAUUACCCUGCAUGUGUAUUUUUAUUAUUAUUAUUAUUUUUUGUAGGAGAAUGUUAUUUUAGGCAGUGACUACCCGUUUCCCCUCGGAGAACAUCAUCCAGGAAAACUCAUCGAGAAUGUGUACAAAGACGACCUGGAACUUAGGGUAAGAAAACAAUCACAUUCAGUUUCACGGUGUUUUUUUUUUUUGCCAUUGAUAAAACGCCGUCGUCGUCGUUGCUUAAACUCCAUCUUAUUGUGAUCCAGAAAUUUUGCUACCAUGGUAACGUGACGUCACACUUCUCCUCUCUAUAAACAUUGGUAUCGUUUGAUUACAGUGGAACCUCGAUGACGUUCGCUAAAACGAGGUUUGGUUAUAUCGAGGUUCUUUUCCAUACAUUAUACUGUAACUGGGGCAGAAAACGGUUUCGUUAUAUCGAGUUUUGUUAUAUCGAGGUUCUACUGUACGAAAGAGAAAGAGAAAUAGGCCUCACCCCUCUCCCCAGGUUUCCACUUUUGUCCCAAUUCGCUCAUUCUCAUGCCUUUGAAUCCCACAUAAUCCCCACCCCCUACCCCCUCCCCCCCCCCCAAUUCUCUUUUGAAGAGGUUUAGUCCUACCCCACUUUAGUAGAUUGUUCUACAUGUACUUGGCAAUUCAACAGUUGAUCAAUAAAUAUUAGUGGAGAUCGAACAAAAUGGUUCUCAAUUAAUUCCCUGUUAUUUUGGAAAAUAGGUGAAGUAAUUGCUAGGGGGGGGGUGUAUUUGCCUAUCAUCAAAUCUCCCGUUCAUCAUUCGAUUCACAGUCCCUUAAUUUUCCGUAAGAUCGUCGGGCGUUUACGGGCGGCAUUCUUGGAUAGGUAAAGCCCGACGCCCGCUCCCUCGGUUCAUGUUUACUAGAUAAGCGUCCGUUCCGGUAAGCUAUCGCUCUAUCCUGUCGAUCUUACGAAAAAAUAGGGCACUGUAAAUAGUCUAACUUCAGAUAAAAACCUUUUAAUUCAAAAUCCAUCUCUUGUUGUAGGAUAAAUUGUUAGGCGGAAAUGCUCUAAGAUUUCUGGGAUUGAAAAGGUCUCAGUUUGACGAAGACCCUGGAGGUAAAGCGGAUACAGUAGAAAGCUAAUAGUGCAGCGGACUGAAUAAUUAAAUGUUUUUCUGUUAGUUAUAGAAUGAAGUAACUUUUAAAAGUAAACAGACUAUUAUGUCUAUAAAUGCAUUUAGAAGGAGGUUAUUUAUAAUGUCCUUUGUUUUUCGGCAUCUUGGUGUCUUGCUUUUUAAAAAGAGCCUUACCGAACGAAACAAGUCUAAACUGUGUUAAUUAUUUAAACAAGUUCUUAUUUAUUCGUAACUGUUCUUGUACUUUAUUUUAAUGACUGUGAUAUAGAUGUGAAUACGUUAUUUAAAGCGGUUAAGAAUGGCUUUACAGUAAAAGUUAAAAAUGUUUAUAUUCAAGUGCAGAACGCAGUUUAUGUUAAGGGCAUUGUUACUCGAUUAGCCUUGUUUCAGUUCAGUGAAGGUCAAUCUCGAUCCUCAAACCGGAGUCAUAAAGCAAUUAACUACAGUGGAACCCCGUUACCACCGUUUUCGUUGAUACGCGACUUUCGAAAAGAAAACACCC